AAGUUGUGGAUGCUGCCUGUCUGGCAUCAUCUGAGUCAUUUCGUCAGAGCCAGACCCGCCUGCAACUCCAGAGGGGCGUGCUUAACCCCAUGUGCAGCCAGGAGCUGAGCUGAGAGCUGAAUGUGCUUUUCAGAGCUGGGAUCAUCACCCAUCCAACAGGCAAAAGCACCAGCCCCCGCCCGCUGGGAAGGAGAGCCCAAUAUUUCGUUCCUGGACUAGCUGAAAGGCUCCCGACGCCAAGCCAGAGAACACUCCCCUAGGAUUUUUCUACCCUUAUUUUCGGACAGAGCAGCAUCAUGCAGCCGCAUCGCAGCCCCUGCUGUAUUCCCCUGCUGCUUUUUCUCGUCUGCUGCACUUUUGGGGUCUGGGGAGAGGAGAAUGACCUCCUGUCCGCCCGAGACACCCUGCCACCGCUGGAGGCCGGGGAGGUGAUGACCCCCACUGCCAGAGCCGCCUGGCCCAAGGCGGCCAACGCUAGCCAGCCUCUUCCAUCGGUACCUCAGGGGCGGUCCCGUGGCCUCUCUCCCACCAUGUGCUCGGGCCAGACAGAGAUCAAGGAGACUUUCAAAUACAUUAAUACCGUGGUGUCCUGCCUGGUAUUCGUGCUUGGCAUCAUCGGGAAUUCCACCUUGUUGAGAAUCAUCUACAAGAACAAGUGCAUGAGGAAUGGUCCCAACAUCCUCAUCGCCAGUCUAGCCUUGGGCGACCUCCUCCAUAUCAUCACUGACAUCCCCAUUAAUGUCUACAAGCUGCUUGCAGAGGACUGGCCCUUUGGAGUUGAAAUGUGCAAGCUGGUCCCUUUCAUUCAGAAGGCCUCUGUGGGCAUCACAGUACUCAGCUUAUGUGCUCUAAGUAUUGACAGGUAUCGAGCUGUUGCUUCCUGGAGCCGAAUUAAAGGCAUCGGAGUGCCAAAAUGGACUGCGGUGGAAAUUGUUUUAAUUUGGGUUGUUUCAGUUGUUCUGGCUGUCCCUGAAGCUAUUGGUUUUGAUAUGAUUGCUAUGGACUACAAAGGAAAGUACCUUCGAAUCUGCUUGCUUCAUCCUACUCAGAAAACUUACUUUAUGCAGUUUUAUAAGUCAGUUAAGGAUUGGUGGCUGUUUAGCUUUUAUUUCUGCUUGCCUCUGGCCAUCACUGCAUUUUUCUAUACUUUGAUGACUUGUGAAAUGUUGAGGAAGAAAAGUGGCAUGCAAAUCGCUUUAAACGACCACUUAAAGCAGAGACGUGAAGUAGCCAAAACAGUCUUUUGCCUGGUGCUGGUGUUUGCCCUGUGCUGGCUGCCCCUUCACCUCAGCAGGAUUCUGAAGCUCACUAUCUAUGAUCAAAGUGAUCCCAACAGAUGUGAACUUCUAAGCUUUCUGUUGGUCCUGGACUACAUCGGCAUCAACAUGGCUUCACUGAAUUCCUGUAUUAAUCCAAUAGCCCUGUAUUUGGUGAGCAAACGAUUCAAAAACUGCUUUAAGUCAUGCUUAUGUUGCUGGUGCCAAUCUUUUGAGGAAAAACAGUCCCUGGAGGAAAAGCAAUCCUGCCUAAAGUUCAAAGCCAAUGAUCAUGGAUACGACAACUUCCGCUCCAGUAAUAAAUACAGUUCAUCCUGAAAGGAGAACGAGGAGUCACUGAACUGCAGUUCCUUCAUUUUGGACAGAAUUGUUAUGAUUAAGACAAUGGGUCAUUUGGAGUAAUAGUUUUGUGUUUGCACAAAAAACAUGGUGAGAAAGUGAUUGUUUUCUUAACACUAAUAAUUCUUCGUGGUAUUCUUAGUUGUUUACAGUACAUGAAGGAAAGUAGGGAGAAAAGAAAGAGCACCUCAUUGUCAUAGCACUUAAAAUCUUUGAAGUUAGCACUUCAGUGUAGUUCUAAAUAACUUCCUGUAGAUUAAUAUGCCAUUUCUAUUCAGCAUGAAUUCACACAGAGUUUUCAGUGAAGAGGUGGUUUUCUAAUUGAUGUGAAUCCAACACAGGAUACAAAAGAACAGAUAUAUCCAAAUAGGGUAGAUGUAUGAAGCGAUUUCAAUUAGGGCUUUUAAAAAAAUCCUAAAAAGAAAAAAGGGGGGGGAGGUUUAUCACAAGUGUUACACUACUGGGUAAACACAUUAUUACUAGAUACAGAAGGCGAAAGUAUGUGAAAGUAAGUUUAGCUGGUUUCUUUUGUUCAAGAUUAAAAGCAUACUUGAAUAAUCCCAAGGGAGGCUUAGAAAAUGCCAUCUCAGUGAUGGGCCCAAAAUACAUUCAAAACCCUUAAAAAGAACAGAUGGAAUCAAAUGUAGCAAAGAGAAAGAGGAAAUAUUUGGACUGCUGUUUGAACUGAGUUCUUUGAGAACUCUUACAUGUUAGUAUUCUCUUUAAAGAAAAAAAAAAAAGAAAAAACUAAGAUUCUUGCCAGGACCAAUUUGAUUGUUUUUAGAAGAUUAUUACACUUUCAUAGCUGUGGUUUAAGGCUACAUUUGAUUAGUUUGGGCUUCUGUAAAUAUUUAGAUGGUGUAUAACUACAUGUUGACUACUUAAUUAAGGGCAGGUCCCAGUCUUCAUACCCUUAAACAAGAGAGAUGCUAGUAGCAACCAUAAGGUGGAUUGCCUGGAGAAAUGUACAUAUGGCAAAUGAAAAGGCCCUAUGCUUCACACAAUCCCUUGAAUACUCUAAUUAAGUAGUUCCUAGGUACAUAAUAUAUAAUUAAAAUACUAAGAUUAUUCUAAAAUGGCUCUGAAACUCUAAUCAGUCAAUUAUUAACUUUCUCCCCAUGGGGCAAUUAGUGGUCUUCAUUCAUUUUCCCAUUUUUCCUCAAAAUUUAGCAAUAAGAAAAAAAACACAGUGAUAUUAUGCUUUACUAUCACUGCAGACAAAAAUACUUCUAAAAGCUAUAAAAUCUCGGAUUUUUUUAUUUUCAUAUUUUUCAUCUCCUCUGCAAAGUACCUUAGUUAUGAACAGGAUUAAAUUGAUAUAUCCACAUGAGGAAGAGGAAAGGAAGGAGGGAAAGAGAAAUUAAGAAAAUUAGGUAGGAUGGGAGGAAAACUAAAAAGUACAGGUUCCCACUCCUAGUUUGAAGUUGUCAUUGUCCUGUGGAUGCAAUUACAGAAGAUACUAACUCAAUUCUAGCAUAGCAAAAACUAAUGUUCUCAGAGCUCCUGUGGGAAUGAAUUGGACCCAAGAGCUUUGCUUUUUACUCCUAAAAUACCAUAGAAUUUUUUUUGCAGGGAGGGAAUGGGUAAACAGGACCACAUGUAGGAAAUAAACUACUAAUGUAGUUUCCUGUCAGCCUCUAAGCUGAUGAUAAACUAAACCAAAAACUGACAUUGUGGCCAAGAAGAAAUGACAAUAACUCCAUGUGGGUAAUUCACAUGCCAUGUGCGUACUAUUUAUAAAUUACACAAUGGGUCCCAUCUACUAGCUUUCAUAGCCACUGCCUUAAAGUCCUAUCAUCAUAAAAAUACAUUCAGUGCCUUAAAAAUGGGAAACGAUGAAUUCUAAACUAGCCAUUGGUCAGUAUUAUUUUCAAAGUUUCAUUAUAUGUUUUUUUUGUUUCUAUUUGCAGCUGUAGUGCUUUACUGCUAUGUAACCCAUUUUCAUUUCUCUGCACUGAUUUCUUGCUAAGUCAAGCCACCUUGGGCAUGGCUACAUUCUCAUGCCCUAUGACUCCAUUGCACGAGAAUUUUGCCAAUCCUGGAAAUUGCACACACAAAGAGCAUAUGCACUGUUUGAAAAAUGUAGUCACAUCCAAUAGUUUCUGAAAAUGCUAGUUUGAUAUUUUCAAAAUAAUAAAAAAGGCUGGGGGAAAAAACAUUAAUGAUUUCUUGGUCUUACUGAAAGCCAAGCUCAGAAAGGUGCUACUUGAACCAUGUAAUAAUGACCAAAUUAUGUUUAAGCUAAAAAACCUUUAUUCCCCAGCAUCAAGAUCUAUGUAAUAUAGUAGUGGCCCCAAAGAGUAGCGUUUAUAUUGUAGCUUACAGAUUUUAAAUAUUUCUAAUCUUUGUCAUGUCCUGCUAAUAUGUCAGUAUUACUUAAUUUGAGGCUCAUACUCCACUGAAUAUUGCCAGAUUGCAUGUGUCUGAAGACAAGCAAGCUAUGGCUUAGUAAGGGGACUCUGUAGCUAACUGAAAAUAAACAAUUUCUUUAUAAAGUUGUAUAGAAACAUGAAAAUAACAAUAUAUAUAUAUAACAAUAUAUAUUUUGCUUUCUGUGGUCACUUAAAGUGGCAACUACUGUAGUUGCUGAGUGCUUAUUUGCUAGGUAAACAAAGUAAAAUUAUCAAUAAAAUUAUUUUUAAUUGUUUAAAA